GCCAAUGAUCACUGCCCAGACACCCUUCUCCAGUCAGAGAGCUAGGUAGGGACUGAAUGUCUGUCCGGCCGGACUUCUAUCACUGUGUCCUCAAGCAGCUUUUAAUACGAGACCUUUGUCACUUAACAGCACUGUAAAGUUCCGAACCUGGCUGUGGUUUCUGGGGUAAAUCAGCAAGCAUUAGAAGUAACUAAGUGAGUUUGAAUUACUUCUGAGAUAGCCUUGGCAGGAGAUCCAUUAGUGAUCAGAUCUCUGUCAUUAACACUAGAAACAACUGCUUGGAUGAUCAGGAUCGAGGAUUCUGAGCACACUACUCCUGCCUUGGCACAGGUCUUUUGGUUGAGAGGACAGGAGGCUGGACGUUUCAAUGGGGGGGUUCCUGACCCUUGUGGAGCCUGUAGUGAUUCUCAACAGCAUCGGAUCCUCCUUCUACGACACAGCCUUGACGUUGGCGAUCUACAGCCGCUGCAACGAGACCUCGGGCGGACAGAGUGAUGAAGCCCAGACUCUUUCCUCUGACUUCUUCCGGGUGUACAGCAGUCUCGGCUCCCUGGUCUCCCUGCUGUCCACAGUGCCCCUGGGGAGGCUGGCAGACCGCAGAGGGCAGAAGGUCCUCCUGGUGGUUCCCCAGCUUGGAUCCAUCUUGGGCAAGUCCUUCCUGCUAUUCCUCAUUCUGUACCGGCUCCCUCUCUAUGUGCUCUAUGUGGGUGUCUGCCUGCAUGGCAUCUGUGGAGGAUCUCCUGCCUACUGGAGCGGUGUGAUCUCCCUGGCCGCCAUGAGAUCAGGCCCCCGGUCACGGAGUAUGAGACUCAACUCUGUAGACUUUGUCUCAGGGGUAGCCGGCAUAAUCGGAAGUCUGAUCUCUGGGUACGUCUACCGGGUCAAAGUGAGCGAUGGGCAAACUGGAGUCCUCUUGAUCUUCGUCAGCCUGCUUGUGUGCGGGGCAGGUCUUUUCUACUCAGCCUUCAUCCUAAAUUACCCGGCCAUUGCAGAGAGGGAGGAAGGGAAUCCGGGCUGCCUUGCCUUGGGGGAUUCAUCCGAGCGAGGGGAGAUGGAUAGGGGAGCUGUAGCUCUCCUCUUUGCAGCUAUGAUCCUCUUUGUGUUGGGGAUGUCCGGCGCUGAGAAGGUGAUCUGUCUCUUCGUUCUCAAGCCUCCACUCAGCUGGGACUCUGUGUGGGUGGGUUAUGGCCAGGCUGCCACCAACAUGAUGUACCUGACUAGCUUUGCUGGGGUGCUCCUGCUCUCUCGCUGGCUCAGUGAUCCCGCGCUCAUCCUACUUGGAAUUGUCUCCAACUGUACCGGUAUGGCCAUCAUGGCCUUUGCACAGCACAGCUGGGUCUACUUCACAGCUCGGGGAAUCAUGAUGUUUGCCUGCAUUCCCAUGCCCACCAUCCGCUCCCAGCUCUCUAAGCUCAUGGAUGCACAGUCGUAUGGGCGUAUCUUCGGCUGGCUCCAGUCCAGCUUGGCAGUGACAGACGUGCUCUCCACCUUCCUCUUCACUGGAGUGUACCCCCUCACCCUGGACUGGUACAGCGGCUUCUGCUUUCUGCUCUCCGCCUUAGUCAGCUACCUCAGCGCUGUGCCCAUCCUAUACCUGAACUACAGAAGGGAAAGAUGUGGCUACAGCAGACUCUCUGGAACAGACUCCCCUCACAGUGCCAUCAACACCUAGAUAACCUGAAGAUACACGACCCGCCCCUUCAUUUAGAGUGACCAGCUGCUGCUGUACAAUAGUGACCCCUGCUGGAAGAGGAUGGGCAAAGCAGCAAGGAAUUCAAGACUUCAAUCAAGUCCUCUCUUUCCCUUCUUUUUUCUGGGCUGAAGAGAUUUAAUUAUUUUAACCUCUCCUCAUAGCUCAUGUCAUUGAGUCCUGGGAUCAGCCUAGUUGCCCUUCUCUGUACCUUCUAGAGUAUAAUGAUGUCUUUUUUGUAGUGAGGUGACCAAAACUACACACAGUAUUCUAGGUGGGGUCUAACUGGGGCAUUGUAUAAUCUUUUCAAUAAAUAAGAUUGAUUUCAUAUUUACAGAAAAUCCUUUAUUGACCUGCUAAAAAAAAACACAAAAGCAAAGCACAUAUACUUCUUUUAAAAGGAGAAGAACACAAUUCAUAAAGGGUUUGAUAAUGAGUUCUGAGUAUGUUCAGUUUAGUUUAUUCAGUCAAUUUUGCGUUAAAUAACCACCUUCAUUAUAAUACAAAAUCUUACAGAUUUCCAAAAAACAAUGGGUGAAUAAAAAUAAAAAUAGCUGGAGCUCAGCCUCAUCCUUCAGAGCAUCCCGGUACCGCCUGAUAAAAAACAAACAAUAAAAUAAUCAAUCUAUGCGACGUGUUCAUCCCGGUGAACAAAAAUGAUGAGGCAGAGGAGCAUCGUAUACUCCCCCCUCAGGACGAGGCUGGGGGUGAGGAGGUGGUGGUGGAGGAGGGGGAGAAGGUGAUAAUUCGAAAGCACGGCAAGACUUGUUUGCAAAAUAUGUAAAAACUUUAUAGGUUAAUUGGAACGUGCUGGUAAUAGGCUUGUAGAUUAACCAAUGAAUGUACCAGGCACUUGUACUUGAUUUCCUGCCUGAAACCUUGCAAGCUUUAUAUUAUUGCUUGCUGAGUUUUUUGGAAUACUGAUAUAGGUAAAUGUGUCCGCCCAAAAAAUACAGCCACAGUGUGCAGGUUGCAGUGUGCAGGCUGCAGUGUGCAGGUUGCAAUAUGCAGGCUGCAAUUUAGAUCAAAUUCAGUGUUGUUAAAAGCUAAAGAGAAACUAACUUUAUUCAACAGGCAAGACAUUAUCCAGGGAUGGAAAUAAGACUCCCACUGCAUAGCAGUUUGAUCCAUUCCAGGUUUCACUAUGAGUUUAAUCAGACACACCUGAGCUUGUAAACUGUGGUCAAUCAAGCUUGUAUUAAAACCUGGAAUGGGUGAAUCUGCUAUGCAAUAGGAGUCGUAUUCCCAUCUUAUCUUAUGCUUUCCUUGGCUCUUACGAGAAUGGAGGUCGUUUAAGUUUUUAUUUACCCCUCCACCCUCGGCCAACACAGUCCUUUCUGGGUAUAACUUUAUUGACGUGGCAUCAGGUACACAUGUAAUUGUGUAGUUGUAGUUAACUAUUCAUAAGGCUUUUGGUGAAUAAACU